AUGUCAGCUGGAGGAGAUUUGGGGAACCCCCUGAGGAAAUUUAAACUCGUGUUUUUGGGAGAGCAGAGCGGUGAGUCAGUUCUCGAGGUGUUAUCAUCCUCCCUUUACGCAAGCCAAACAUGUGUAUACCGAUGUUGAAGGCCAUGUAUGUAUGUAAUCCGUGUUGAUUUGAAAGAAAGUUGAGCUUGAAUCUUGAGGAUGAGCCGGCUGGAUGUGGAUCGUUUGACGCCCAUGGAGCUUUUGGCACAUUCUGUGACUGUGGGAAAUUUGAUUAGCAGGGGAAGAAAAAAGGAAAAAGAAGAAAAGACCGCAUGUAUAUAAACUCCACCCAAUCCUAGUCAUGGUAAAGCUUCUAAUCCAAGUAAAGGAUAUCAUGAGGGCUUGUUAGAUCCUCUUAUAUCCUCAUAGUUCGCAUCAUUGCAGCCGAUAUGAACUGGGAUGUUUUGAUGUGCUGCAGUGACCGACAGAUAUGCUCAGACUGUUUUCAUGUGAGCUUUUAUUUCACACACCUUUUAUUUCCCCACAACAACAAUCGUUUAUACAACACCACAGUGACACACUCUGUCAUUUCUCCAUCAGUCGUGUUUCAGUUUUAACCGAGGAGAUAAUAAACAGUCUCCCAUGUGUCAGUUCGGGACACACCCUAGGCUGGCGAUGUCUGUAGCAUCUCUAAAAGCUCGCAGUCUCCGGCCCGGUCCCAUAAAUUAUCAAAUAAAAACGGGCCUGACAGUGCCACAACGUUAUACUAUAUGUUCAAUAAUCCAUUUGGUCAGGGUGGGACAGUGUGUCUGAGGAUAUUUGUGUGUGUUUGUGUGAUUUGAUGUGAUGGCACAAAUUCGGGAGGUGCUGAUCGAUAAUGGUUUAGCGCUGUGAAGCUGCCUGGAUACGUGUUCAGACAUCAGACACAGGGUGAUAGAAGAGGAGGACAUAUCCCAUAAAAUACAGAAAAAAAACACACACACACAAUCAGGCAGAAGCUGCACUGUUUGUGUCUGACAUUGUGAUGCUUGAGUGUGUGUCUAUGUGGAGGCUGUGUGUCGACCAGAAGCCUCCCAGUGUGUUUGUGUGGCCUGUGCUGCAAUGUUGCUGUCCAUGGUGCUGAAUCGAGGCCUGCUGUGGCCACUGCCCAUGGUUUGAUUCAGGGUCUGUACCGCUUGUCUGCGUGUGAGACCGAGGCCUGCCGGAGAAUCCUCCCGUCCCCCUCUUCGUGAGUGUAGAUCUGAUGUAAAAUGGAGCUAAAGAUGAACACCAAAUAAGAAUCACGCUCACUAAAAAUGAGCUCACCUUGAUGCUCUGGAAGUCAACAUCCAGCUUGCGAAUGAACGCUGCUAGAAAUUACAGGGGGUUAGAUCUUUACUGUGGGGUGACAUUUUGAAGGAACAUGUCACAAACAUGAAUACGACAUUUGUUUCCCAUCUUUCAAAUACAAGACAGAUCAGGCUAUUUAAUGUUAAUAUUUCAAGAUAUAUUUACAGCAAAGACCAGAGCCAUAUACGACAUCUUGUUGUUUUGGCCUCUGAGGUUAGAAAUAUGCUUUCCAAGAUGGACCUUUUGGCACUUAAUAUGUAUUUACAGUAGAAAAACAGCUACACAUAUACUAAAAAUGAUUUUCCCUGGUCUUAAAGAUCACAAUCUUAACAUACCUGUUCCUUUUUCCUUCAGAUUUUAAGAAAACAUCCAUAAGAAGUACAAGUUAUAUUAUUUUUUUUACAUGGAAUCGUUUAGUAUUGAUAAAAGGUUAAAUUAAAUGAGAAAACUUUAGGAUCUGAGGGACACUGAGGUUACAUGUUUUCAUCCCAUUGUGUUAAAUUUCAUAUCUGGAAUUUCUUGCGGUAACAUUUAAGUUAAAACUAGUUUCUGAUCUUUGUUCCAGUGGGGAAAACAUCUCUCAUCACUAGAUUCAUGUAUGACAGCUUCGACAACACAUAUCAGGUGAGUCUCUAAACAGAUCCUCAACUAAACAAAUCAGAGGAGUAGCACAUUUAUUUAUAAAACCAAAUGCAUGCUACGAUUAAUGACUGUAUUUAUGUGAAUAUAUGAAUUAUAUAUUUGACAGUCAUCCUUUAACUGAUAAGAAGAGGAUGGUUGAUCGAAUAAAAUACAACUUACAACUUAAUGAUGCUGCAAAUUUUAGCUUAAAUUGAGGGAAAUACAGUAAGUUGCACUGAUAACAUCCUAUUUUGACAGCGUCAGUGCCGUUUUCAAGGUGCACAGCCAGAGCCGGCCCAAGCCUCAAUGAGGCCCCAAGCAAAAUUUAAUUUUGGAGCCCUCUAUUUCUGCCAAUAAUAUUGAUUGUUGAUCAUUCACACACCUUCACAAUUCUCUUUAACAUCCCAUGACAUGCAAAAAUACCUUUAUCUUGGCAUUUUUUCUCUUCUUUCUCUUUCUUUUCUCUGCUCCUGAAGGAUAUGUCCUUUUUUGCAACAUUGUUUUGCCCACAACUACCUGCACUAUGGAUGCUCAGUGCACAUUGCACAGCUAGAGGCACAUAACGGUAGAGGUGCUUUGACAUAUCGGAUGUAAGAAUCAUAGGCCUACAUCAGCAGCAGCACAAAAAUGUUUUUACUGUAUUUUAUUUUUACAAUAAUAUAUAUUUGAUCAUACAGAAAGCAUCACUCAUACAUGCAAAAAUAAAAAAAAUAUCUAAAACUUUUCUUUUGACUGAUCUUGGGGGCCCCCUAUUGGUCGCGGGGCCCUAAGCAGGCUCUUAGUUCGCUUAUGCCUUCGGCCGGCUCUGUGCACAGCUUUUUUUUGGCUGUAAUGGAAGAUAACAUAGAUAGUUCUCUUCAUAUGAAAAAAACAAGGUUCAUAACAGGUGCAAAUGUUGGAGUAAUCACAGUGAUACAAAUGAAAUGAGUUUUUCAGUCUGAUUCAGAUUCACUGAAGGUCAGCUCUUCUCUGUUGUACUACCUUCUGUGUUUUCCAGUCAGUCUUCGAGGAUUGACACAUGUUGUAGAGAUAUAGUCUGAGGAUUUUCUCCUUUUUUUGUUCCUUCCUCUCCACAGGCCACCAUUGGAAUAGACUUUCUAUCGAAGACCAUGUACCUGGAGGACCGAACAGUAGGAAACUUUGAUUUUCAUCCUUAAAGCACCUAUAGAUAAUCCUGUGGAAUAUAUUUUUACAUGUGCCAUUUUAACCAGUACCACACAUGCAAAGUAUUAGAUGUCCCACUUUCUCUCAGUUUUCACUAAUCCUUGAUUUGAUUUGCUUAAUUACCGCUCUCCUUACAGACUAACGCGAUUAUCCUUUGGUUAUUUCUGUUGGUAAUAGCUUUGGUGUGUUGGCUUAAGAAGUCAAAGCCUUUCCCACGGAUGAUCUUCUUUAGCUAGUUUUAAUACUAUUUCACUGUCAGGGAAUAUGUUCUGUCAGCCUGCUCACACACUGAUACUGGCUUAUCCCUCUGGGUGUGUACUUAUAAGGCCCAAACAUCUGUGUGUAGGAUGAUGGGUAAUAUGGGCACAACUGCUGAGGGUGUGCAUGUCUCUGUGUUUGUUCAGGUAAGGCUGCAGCUCUGGGAUACUGCCGGGCAGGAACGUUUCAGGAGUCUCAUCCCCAGCUACAUUCGAGACUCUACGGUCGCCGUGGUCGUCUAUGACAUCACAAGUGAGCAGCGAAAUGCUAGUUGUUUUCUGUAGCUCAUGCGCAAAAAUGUCUUUAAGAAGAAACGUUUGUACGCGGGGUUUCCUCUGAAAAAUUAUUUGAUCCCAACAGACGUGAACUCAUUCCAGCAGACCUGCAAAUGGAUCGAUGAUGUCAGGACAGAGAGAGGAAGUGAUGUCAUCAUUAUGCUAGUUGGCAACAAAACAGAUCUGGAAGAGAAGAGGUGAGUUUGUCAAAGCGUACAAUCAUUUUUUUUUCUUUCUGCAGUAUGUAGCUGCAGUUAAAGUAGAUAUUGGAGCAGGGAGGCAAAUGUCAGUGGUGAAUAAUUAGCCUUUGACGUUAUGACGGUGAGUCUGGCCUGAUUUUUCCUGCAGGCAAAUCAUGAUCGAGGAAGGCGAGCAGAGAGCCAAAGAACUGAACGUCAUGUUCAUUGAGACCAGUGCCAAGACGGGCUUCAAUGUCAAACAGGUGAUUCUCGCUGUUUUAUCCAUAUUUCACUGCGUUUUGGUGUCAGGGCUGUUCAGGCCAAUUUCUGCCUGCAAGGUUAUUGGCACUAUCAAUAAUAAUCAAUUGUUAUCACAUUCAUCAUAUGCAAUAUACACUGACCGACUGAACAUUCAUAGAAGAUACAUAUUUGAUGCAGGAUCGUACAUGUCUACAUUGAAAGAGGCUCAUAUUUCUAAUAAACUGUCUAAAUACUUUUCUCAAUUAUUGCCCAAAAAUUUAACAACUCAGCUCUCAAAGUCUGUCAGAUUAAAAAUUAAAGUGUACAAGGAACAAAAACUCCAUCGUCAACUAAGAUGUUGAAUUUUUUACUCAACAAACAGCUGCCUUUUCUGCUCAUGCUCUGUGCAUAUCUCCUUCCCUUUUUCCUUUUCCCCUACUUCCUUUCCUCUUUUUAUCUCCUCCCUUCCUUUCCUUUUCUCCUCCUCUCUUCAUAGCUCUUUCGCCGGGUUGCUGCAGCCCUACCUGGAAUGGAAAGCUUGGACGAUGCGAACCCUGAAGGCAGUAUCCUUUACAGCCACUGUGACUCACUGUGCUGAGAGCCAGGCGGCCAAGAAACAGGCAGCUUAUUUUUAAUCUCUUAGUGGUUGUUGGCACCAGUACAAACAGACCGCCCAGUCUACUGUCUACUCAGGCAUCAGCCAUUAAACCAUUUCUGCUUAAUAGAGAGGAAAUACACAGAGCCAAGGGGGUAGUGUGGAUACACAGGUACAGCAUCACAUAGUGGCCGUCUAGGGAAUGACAUGUAGAGAGGAAGUUGAAAAAAGAUAGGACUGGAUAAAAAGAGACAUGCUUAGCGAAAUUAUGAGAGGACAUUUGGAGAAAUGAAAACAAAGUGCUGUGUGUUUUUUAGUAACUUUAAAAAAUUAUUUAAACUCACAUUUGACUUUGGAUUACAGGGCUACAGUAAUAAUCUAAAACACGAGUAUGGAAAUCACAAAAUAGCUUACAUAGCAAGUAUCUGUUAUAACUGAGAAUCAACUUUAGUUUUUUAGUACGUUUUAGUGCGUGUAAAAAUGUCCAUGUUAUGAAUCAAUUUCAAAUGUUCUCUGCAGUGUUUUUUACUGCAUUCCCUUUAGUAUCUUAUUAGUAUGACAGUCAAUGCUGUAGCUAAACCUUUUAAAAUCAGGGCAUCUGCGAUACCAGAAAUUUCAAACUCAGCUUCUUUAAGGAACUCUCAUUUCUCAUUUUUACUCAUUUCUGUGGACAAAUCAGUGCCUUUUACUUAUUGUUGGUUUUGUUUUGUACAUUUGAAAAUCAUGUUUUGAACCAAAAUCACUAUGACGUAUCUCACAUUAGAAAUAUCAGCUGUUUGGCUGAAUUCAGUUAAUCAACCUGAUUGAUUCUACCACCUGCACAUGGUUUUGUACAAACAGCUAGAUGAAUCAGUCUCAUCAUUGAUGGUCUUAUUGUCUUUGUAGGUCAUAUAAAGGCAUCAGCAUGAAUUUCGGUCUGUUUUGUGAUAAGAUUUAAAAUAAAAAACUACCUAUUUCAAAGAUGCAGGUAAUAUGUAAUGUGACUUUUUCCACAGCUACUUGUCUAUUCUUUAACUGUAUACUUCCCAGUGAUUGACAUCAAACUGGACAAACCGGCAGAGCCCACUGUCCCUGAGGGCGGGUGCUCCUGUUAA